AAAACAAGCGAUGUCAACAGAACAACGUGUGAGGGACGCCUUGCUCUCCCACCGCCACAGCUUUCUGAGGCCACAGAGACGAUUAACCGGAAUUUCAAGACAGUUUCUCCUUAUAAAAAUCUAGAAACCUUCCCAGUCCAUCACCAGAACCUUUGAAACACCUUUGAAAUUAUGGACACUCUCAACUGAAGCCUUUGGAAAUUAGUGAUGAUGAAGGACAAGAGAGGCAGAAGCAAGGGUAGGAUGGGCAGGAGAGGAGGAAGGAUGGCUAAGGGGGUUCCUAAGGCUGGUAAGGAUAUGGAUGACCUCAAGCUUAUCCAGUCUGACCCUCGCUUCGCCCACGUGACCUCUGACCCAAAGUUCCACCACAUACCCAAGAAGGAACGCAAAGUGAAGCUCGAUAGUCGGUUUCACUCCAUCUUGACUGAUGAGAAGUUUUACGAGAAGUCAACGAUGGAUCCGCGAGGAAAAAGAAAUUACUCGACAAAAGAAGACCUAUUGAGAUUCUACCAUUUGUCCUCGGAGGAAGACUCAGAGGAGGAGGAGGAGGAAAAGGAAAAGGAAGAGGAGGAGGAGGAAGAGGAAGAGGAAGAAAGGAAGAAAACUGAGAAGAGUGAAGUCAGUACAGAGAGCCAAGAAGAGAAAAGAAGAAGGAAGAGGAGGCGGAGGAGGAGAAGGAGGAAAAGGAGAAGGAGGAGGAAGAGGGAGGAGGAGGAGAAGAAGGAGGAAGAGGACACAACACAAAGAGACAAGGAGGAGAGGUCAGAGGUUACGGCAGAGGUCACCAAGCGCCUUCAGGACAUGACCAAAGAUUAUGCGCGUGGUGGCGGCGAACUCUUCUCGUCCGACUCCUCCGAUGAUGACUCUACAACCACUGAUGAGGAGGAGGAGGAAGAGGAGGAGUUUGAGUGGGCGGAGCUGGACCAGGAUGCAGUGUGGGAUAAUGAGGCGGAGGUGGAGGAGACAAGUCGCAUUGCCAUCUGUAAUCUGGACUGGGACCGAAUCAAGGCAGCCGAUCUGAUGGUGCUGUUCUCGUCCUUCUGUCCACUGGGGGGCUCGGUAAAGCAGGUCGCCAUUUACCCCUCAGACUAUGGCAAGCAGAGGAUGGCAGAGGAAGACCGCUCAGGCCCCCAAGAGCUCACUAUGGCACGUCGAGGGAGGAAAGAGCUGGAGGAGGAGGAGGAGGAGGAAGAAGAAGAGGAGAAGAAAGAUAUGAGGCUUGAUUUAGUUGACUUAGAGAAGCUGCAAAAAGGCAAACUAGACCAAACAGCCGGGGCCACCAAGAGGGACUUUGAGGCACUGCGACGCUACCAGAGGAACCGUCUCCGCUACUUCUACGCAGUGAUGGAAUGUGACAGCGUGGACACCGCCCGCACCCUAUACCAGGAGUGUGACCGCCAGCCCUUCGAGGGGGCCGGCAUUUUCCUCGACCUGCGCUAUAUUCCCUCUGAUAUGACCUUUGACGAGACACCCCACGACUUAUGCCAAGCGGUGCCACGGUCCUACAAGGCAAAGGAUUUUGUCACCACGGCACUGCAGAACACUCGGCCGGCACUUACCUGGGACGAGACUGAUCCCGAACGCUACAAGGCACUCAGCUCAGCCAUGGCACAGGCUCUCAAGGGCGGCACUCUCAGCGAAGACCAACUUAAGGAUUUUGUGGCAUCAUCGAGUGAGGAGGAGGAGGAGGAGGAGGAGGCGGAGGAGAAUAAGGAUGACAACAGCAGUGACGAGGAGGACAGUGAGGAGGUGAAGGCUGCAAGGAUAGCAAAAUUCCGCGCACUCAUUAGGGAAAUUGACGAGAAAGAGAAGAGGAAGAAGGAAAGAGACAUCGACAUGGAGGAAACAUUUGACGACAUAAAAGAAGAUGACAACGAGGAAGAAGAGGAAGAAGAUGAGGAGGAGGAGGAGGAGAGGGAAGAAGAAGAACCUCAGCUGAACCCAUUUGAGAAGUAUCUAGAGAAGAGAAAAGCCAAGAGGAAGGAGAAGAGGAAGAAACAGAAGGAAAUUAAGAAGACAGAAGAAGAUGGAGAGUCAGAUGAAGGGAUUUCAGACGACGAUGUGCCUGGUGGAGUAGAAGACCUGUACUCAGACCCCUUCUUUGCCCAGGAGGUGAAAAAGGGAACUAAGAAGAAGGGACAGAAGAAGAAAAAGGAGGAGGAAGAGGAGGAUGAAGGGACGGAGGAGGAGAAUGAAAAGAACAACCUUGAGCUGCUUCUGAUGGAGGAGGACAAGGAGGACAAGAGACACUUCAACAUGAGAGAGAUCAUCAAGACAGUGAAGCCACCAACCAAGAAGAGCAGGAAGAACAAACUGAAAAAGAAGAUGAUAGAGAAGAAGGAGCAGAAGAAGAAGGCGGUGGAUGAUUUUAAGAUUAACAUGAGUGACCCGAGAUUCUCCAAGCUGAUGACCUCCGGCGACUACAACAUCGACCCGUCACACCCUCAGUUUAAACGCACUCAGGCCAUGGACUCUCUGAUUGGGGAGAUACAGAGGAAGAGAAUGGCAGAGAGUGGGGAGAUGCCCCUAGCCAAGAGACCCUGCCCGGGGGAUGCCACAAAGCGAGAGCUCUCCUCGCUGGUGCAGAGAGUGAAGAGGAAGACAAGGAGGGUGAAGGGCGGCAGUAACAGAGGAAGCUGAGUGUAUAGUGUUGUAAUAAAGAGUAAUGGUUCAA